UCACUCCCAAAUGUCAAGUAUGUCAACGAGUAAUGUCAUUUGUCAGUGACAGUUAUUCACUUUACUGGAACCGCUAACGAGAAUGUCGGAUUCCACCGGUGAUAAUUCAAAAUCUCGAGUUAUAGUUUUAGGAGGGUGCGGCUUCAUCGGUCGGAAUCUGGUGGAUUAUUUAAUUAGCAAUGACUUAGUUAGUCACUUGCGUGUAGUGGAUAAAACUCCUCCACAAUUGGCCUUCCUGAAUCCUACACACUCGAAAGCCUUCGAGGACCCCCGCGUUGAAUACAAAAGCGCAAACCUCAUAAAUCCAGUAUCAUGCGCCAGUGCCCUCGAACCGUCGGAGCAACCCUGGUCCUUGGUGGUGAACUGCGCGGGCGAGACUCGCUUUGGUCAGACGGAAGCGGUCUACGCCGAGGGCAUCCACAACCUCAGCGUCACAGUGGCUAAGCAAUGUGCUCUCAUGAAACUACGACUCAUUGAAAUAUCCAGCGGAUGCAUGUACAGCAGCGACAAGCCGCAGAAAGAGGACUGUCCCGUGGAACCGUGGACUGUGGAGGGUAGGAUGAAGGCCCGAGUUGAAGAGGAGUUGAAGAACAUGGAUCUAGACUACACCAUCAUAAGACCAGCCAUAGUAUACGGAGUAGGAGAUAGGAGGAGUCUCACGCCUCGUCUUCUAUAUGGUGGUAUAUACAAACACUUGGGAGAGACCAUGAAGCUGCUAUGGACAGCGGACCUCAAGAUGAACACGGUCCACGUGUUAGACGUCUGUCGGGCCGUGUGGACCCUCGCCAGGAGAAACGACGCGAUCAGACAGACAUACAACCUGGUGGAUGACGCCAACAGCACUCAAGGCAAUCUCGCAGAGAUCGUCUCGGAGAUAUUCAAUAUAAACCACGAUUACUACGGAACUGCGAUAUCCACAUUGGCUAAGAACGACAUAGCCUCAGUAGCUGAAGAGGCGAACGACAAACACCUUACCGCGUGGGCGGAUAUCUGCCGGAAGUAUUCGUUGGAGCACAGUCCCCUGGAACCGAGCGCUGGAGCUGAGCUAUUACUGAACAAACAGCUGUGUCUGGACGGAAGCAAACUGAAGGAAAUCAUGACAAUGGACGUGCCCGCGCCCACAGCCUCCGCCCUACUUGAGGUGCUGCAAGAUUAUGCCUCAAUGAAUCUAUUCCCAAAGGAGCUUCUGAUGUGACCGAACCAUAGUAUAUCCGCAUUAUAAAGAGCUCGGUUUGACUGCUUUUGUUUCCAUACAGAAAAAAAACAAUGAAGUUAAUGGCAACAUUGACGCUUAAAUUGUCUCUUUACACGAUUUAUAUAUUAUAUAUUGGUAAACAACAAAAAGUUAACCUAAUCGGUCCAUUAUGACCGUUCAAGAGUUUUAACAUUUAAGAUGUGUAAUGAGAGCUGUUGUCCAGGGUUUAAAAUAUAAGUCAGAUCUCCACCUGUGAUAAAAAUCUUUAGAUCUUAAUAUCCUUAACAAAUUUUUACAGUAGACUAUAACUGAAGACUUGAUCUAACAAAAAAGCUAAUGCUUUUAAAAAAAACAACAAUACCUCUUCAUUCCACAAUAAAAAAACAUUCUCUCAAUAAAUAACCUCUCAUAUAUUUGAGAGGACCUCUAUAAAGUACUUAAUUUUAAUAAGAAUGUAGUACUUAAUUUUAACUUUUGAUAUGAAGUUAUUCGGCCGAAUCAUUUGACGAUUUUUGUACCAUUAAUAAAAAAAAGUCUUUAAAAAAUUUACAUAAGAUCUGUCCUUACAUAAUAUGUAUUACAUAAAAGCAAUUUUCAAUUGAUUUGAAAUUAAGUUUAUUUCUUAAAGAAAUUAAUUUUUAAGUGUAGUACAUACAGUACAAGUCUCAAGAGAACCGAUGUUUAUGAUCAGAUAUGUAUUAUAUAAUGUUUUAAAGAUUUUUAAACAACGAAAUCCGUGUUUGGUUAAAAUAAUGUCAAAAUCAAUAUAUAUUUGGUAAAUUGAUUACAAAAUCAUGAACAGUUCGUUGACUUUAUAUGACUUUAGCAAUGCUCAAUUUUAAAGCUUGUAUUGAUUUGCUUAUAAAAUGCUUAUACAUGUCUAGAAACUAAGUUUCUUAUGUAUCGCUCAGUACCAUUCAAUGCAUUUAUAUUGUGACGGAGCCCGACUGUCCUUGUGUUACGAUAUGCUGAACAUGAAUAAAUUUUAUAAAUCAA